UAACCAAUGAACACAUGCUUAAAAUAUGUCUUUUUACAAAACAGGAAACUGCACUAUAUUUUGUGAACUGUCACUGGUGAACGUUUUGGACAGAAAAGAGGACUCCAUUUAAACUAUAGGAGGAAGUAAAACCCAGGACUGUUGUGUUGGAAUACUCAAAGCUUCAGUGUAUGGUCCACCUGCCCUAUUGUUCAAACUUUUAUUCAGGAUUUUUUAUUUUUAAAAUCUGAUGAUCCAUGGCGUCAAAAGCUAAAUAUGGCAGUGCUGCUUCUUGUGCCUAAUCCUUGACCCAUCCUUGUGUACGAGGAGCAGCACGUUUGUACCUCUACCGGCGGAUGCCCAUGUAAAGGAGAAAGGCUUCUCGUCAAGGACAGAGCUACGGUAUAUAAACAAAGGGACAACUGCUUUGUUCUUGCACUCUGUAGCGACUACUGUGCAGCCUUUCUGAAAACCUUGAGGCAACUUGAGUGUUUCAGUUCCCAUUCUGAUAACUUGCAGUUUGCAGAAGAAAAUGAGCUCUGAUGGGGAAAUGGCAGUUUUCGGCCCAGCAGCCCAGUACCUGCGCAAGUCAGAGAAGGAGCGAGCUGAGGCUCAGAACCGCCCGUUUGACAGCAAGACGGCAUGCUUUGUAAGCGAUGAAAAGGAGCUGUAUGUGAAGGCUGAGAUCCAGGACAAAGUUGAGGGCAAAGUCACCGUGAAGACCAUUGAUGAUAGAACUUUAACUGUCAAGGAGGACCAGGUGUUUCCAAUGAAUCCCCCGAAGUUUGAUAAGAUUGAGGACAUGGUGAUGAUGACGCACCUCAAUGAACCUGCAGUGCUCUUCAACCUGAAGGAGCGAUAUGCAGCCUGGAUGAUCUACACCUACUCUGGACUCUUCUGUGUGACCGUUAACCCUUACAAAUGGCUGCCAGUCUACAACCCUGAGGUGGUCCGGGCCUACAGAGGCAAGAAGAAGAUGGAGGUUCCUCCUCACAUCUUUGCCCUGUCUGACAACGCCUACCAGUUCAUGCUCACUGAUCGUGUGAAUCAGUCAAUUCUCAUCACUGGGGAAUCUGGUGCUGGGAAAACCGUCAACACCAAGCGUGUCAUUCAGUACUUUGCCACGAUCGCCGUGGCAACAGACAAGAAAAAGGAGACCAAUUGCAAAAUAAAAGGGACUCUGGAGGAUCAAAUCAUCCAGGCCAACCCACUGCUGGAAGCUUUUGGGAAUGCCAAGACUGUAAGGAAUGACAACUCGUCUCGCUUUGGUAAAUUCAUCCGAAUACACUUUGGCACGACUGGCAAACUGGCAUCUGCAGACAUCGAAACAUAUCUACUGGAAAAAUCAAGAGUGACAUUUCAGCUCAAAGCUGAGCGCAGUUAUCACAUAUUUUACCAGCUCACAUGCAACAAGAAGCCUGAACUUAUCGAUUUGCUUCUCAUCACCACCAACCCGUAUGACUUUGCCUUCAUCAGUCAGGGGGAAAUCAGCGUGAAAAGCAUCAACGAUGCAGACGAGUUAGUGGCAACGGAUGAAGCCUUUGACAUCCUGGGCUUUUUGGCUGAUGAGAAAGCAUCUGUCUAUAAGCUGACUGGAGCUGUUAUGCAUUACGGCAACAUGAAGUUCAAGCAAAAACAGCGGGAGGAGCAGGCCGAGCCUGAUGGCACAGAAGAGGCUGAUAAAGCUGCGUAUCUGAUGGGCCUGAACUCUGCUGACCUCCUGAAAAACCUCUGCUAUCCCAGAGUAAAGGUUGGAAAUGAGUUCGUGACCAAAGGGCAAAAUGUGCAGCAGGUAUAUAACUCCAUCGGUGCUCUCGCCAAAUCGGUCUAUGAGAAGAUGUUUUUGUGGAUGGUCUUACGAAUCAACCAGCAGCUCGACACCAAACAAUCUCGACAACAUUUUAUCGGAGUCUUGGACAUUGCUGGCUUUGAGAUAUUUGAUUACAACAGCAUGGAGCAACUCUGCAUAAAUUGUACCAACGAAAAGCUGCAGCAGUUUUUCAACCACCACAUGUUUGUGCUGGAACAAGAAGAGUAUAAAAAGGAAGGGAUUGAAUGGGAGUUUAUUGACUUUGGUAUGGAUCUGGCAGCCUGCAUUGAGCUCAUUGAAAAGCCUAUGGGAAUCUUCUCCAUCCUUGAAGAGGAGUGCAUGUUUCCAAAAUCAUCAGACACUUCUUUCAAGAACAAACUGUACGACCAACAUCUUGGCAAGAACAACUGUUUCUUGAAGCCCAAAGUGGUCAAAGGGAAGCCUGAAGCUCACUUCACUUUGGUGCACUAUGCUGGGAAUGUUGACUACAACAUCACUGGCUGGCUUGAAAAGAACAAGGACCCGCUCAACGAGUCGGUGGUUCAACUUUAUCAAAAGUCAUCAAACAGAAUAUUGGCAAUGUUGUAUGCAAGCUUCUCUGGAACUGAUGAUGCAGCUGGAGGGGGAUCUAAGAAGGGAUCCAAAAAGAAGGGAGCGUCCUUCCAAACAGUAUCAGCUCUGUUCAGGGAGAAUCUUGGGAAGCUCAUGACCAAUCUGAGAACUACUCAUCCUCACUUUGUGCGCUGCUUGAUACCAAAUGAAACCAAAACACCAGGUGAAAUGGAGAACCAGCUGGUUAUACACCAGCUUCGAUGUAAUGGUGUUCUAGAAGGUAUUCGGAUCUGCAGGAAAGGAUUUCCAAGUAGGAUCCUAUAUGGAGAUUUCAAACAGAGAUACAGGAUUCUUAAUGCCAGCGCAGUUCCGGAGGGACAGUUCAUGGAUAACAAGAAAGCUGCAGAGAAGCUGCUGAGCUCAAUUGAUGUGGACCAUACGCAGUACAAGUUUGGACACACUAAGGUGUUCUUUAAAGCCGGCCUGCUGGGUGCUUUGGAAGAGAUGAGAGACGAGCGUUUAGCCCAGGUUGUGAUGUCUGUUCAGGCUUUGUGUCGCGGAUACCUCGUACAAAUGGAGUAUCAGAAGAUGGUGGCCAGAAAGGAGGCCAUCUACACAAUCCAGUACAACUUCCGCUCUUUCAUGAACGUUAAGCACUGGCCAUGGAUGAAGAUGUAUUUCAAGCUAAAACCUCUUCUGAAGAGUGCAGAAGCAGAGAAGGAGAUGGCCCAGAUGAAGGUGGAUUUCACUAAACUCAAGGAGGACCUGGCGAAAUCAGAGAACCGGAGGAAGGAGCUUGAGGAGAAGAUGGUCUCGAUUGUACAAGAGAAGAACGAUCUACUGCUUCAUGUCCAAGCAGAAGCUGACAACCUACUGGAUGCAGAAGAGAGAUGUGAAGGGCUCAUCAAAAGCAAAAUUCAGCUAGAAGCCAAACUGAAGGAGGUGAUGGAGAGACUAGAAGAUGAGGAAGAGGUCAACGCUGAGCUGACAGCCAAAAAAAGAAAGCUGGAAGACGAGUGCGCUGAACUGAAGAGGGACAUCGACGACUUGGAGCUCACCUUAGCCAAAGUCGAGAAGGAGAAGCACGCUGUAGAAAACAAGGUGAAAAACCUGACUGAGGAACUCCAGAGUCAAGAUGAAAACAUGUCCAAACUGUCCAAAGAGAAGAAAGCUCUGACAGAAGCUCAUCAGCAAACACUGGACGAUUUGCAGUCAGAGGAGGACAAAGUAAAUUCUCUGACCAAAGCUAAAACCAAACUGGAACAGCAAGUAGACGAUCUGGAAGGUUCUCUGGAACAAGAGAAGAAGGUCCGCAUGGAUCUGGAGAGAGCCAAGAGGAAGCUGGAAGGGGAUCUAAAACUUGCUCAGGAAUCCAUCAUGGAUCUGGAAAAUGACAAACAGCAGCUAGAUGAAAAGCUAAAAAAAAAAGAUUUUGAGUUCUCACAGCUGCAGAGAAAGAUAGAAGAUGAACAAGCAGUCAACGGUCAGCUGCAGAAGAAAAUAAAAGAGCUCCAGGCUCGUAUUGAGGAAUUGGAAGAGGAGAUUGAAGCUGAACGUUCAACUCGAGCUAAAGGGGAGAAGCAAAGAUCCGAUCUGUCCAGGGAGCUGGAGGAGGCCACCGAGAGGCUGGAGGAGGCUGGCGGAGCCACUGCCGCUCAGGUCGAGAUAAACAAGAAGCGUGAAGCAGAGUUCCUCAAACUGCGUAGGGACCUGGAGGAGUCUUCGCUGCAGCAUGAAGCCACAACCACCACUCUGCGAAAGAAACAUGCAGACAGCGUGGCUGAGAUUGGAGACCAGCUGGAUAACAUCCAGAGAGUCAGGCAGAAGCUAGACAAGGAGAAGAGCGAGUUGAGGCUGGAGUUGGACGACUUAUCAAGUAACAUGGAAACUUUGGCCAAAGCAAAGAUUAAUUUGGAGAAAAUGUGCCAUUCACUUGAAGAUCAACUGAGUGAGGUGAAUAGCAAAGAGGAGGAGCAUCUGAGGCUCAUAAAUGAUCUUUCAAGCCAGAAAGCUCGGCUAACGACAGAAAAUGGUGAGAUGGCUCGCCAUCUGGAAGAGAAGGAAUCCUUAAUGUUACAGCUGACCAGAGCAAAGCAAGGCUUCAUUCAGCAGAUUGAGGAGCUGAAGCGACUUCAUGAGGAGGAGGGGAAGGCUAAAAAUGCGCUGGCACACAGUUUGCAGUCAGCUCGUCACGACUGCGAGCUCCUGAGAGAGCAGUAUGAGGAGGAACAAGAAGCCAAAGCCGAGCUGCACCGCUGCCUGUCCAAGGCCAACAGCGAGGUCGCUCAGUGGAGAAACAAAUAUGAGACCGAUGCCAUCCAACGGACCGAGGAGCUAGAGGAGGCCAAGAAAAGGUUAGCUCUGCGUCUGCAGGAUGCAGAAGAAGCCGUGGAGGCUGUCAACUCAAAGUGUUCCUCUCUCGAGAAGACAAAACAGCGUCUGCAGGGUGAGGUGGAGGACCUGAUGAUGGACAUGGAGAGGUCCAACACUGCUGCUGCUGCUCUGGACAAGAAGCAGAGAAAUUUUGACAAGGUUGUGGCUGAGUGGAAGCAGAAAUAUAAGGAGGGUCAAGCAGAGUUGGAAUCCACUCUAAAAGAGCUCCGGUCAUUGGGGACUGAGAACUUCAAGAUGAAGAAUGUCUUUGAAGAAUGCCUGGAGCAGCUGGAGACCCUCAAACGAGAGAAUAAAAAUCUGCAACAGGAAAUAAUGGACCUCACAGAACAGCUGGGAGAAACGGGCAAAGCCAUCCAUGAGCUUGAGAAAUCCAAGAAGCAAGCUGAGCAGGAGAAGUUAGAGGCCCAGGCUGCUCUGGAAGAAGCUGAGGCCUCAUUAGAGCACGAGGACUCCAAAAUCCUGCGGAUCCAGCUGGAACUAAACCAGGUGAAGUCCGAGGUGGACAAGAAGAUAGCCGAGAGGGACGAAGACAUCGAACAGCUAAAGAGGAACAGCCAACGAAUCAUUGACACCAUGCAGAGCAAUUUGGACGCCGAGGUUCGGAGCAGGAAUGACGCCCUUAGAGUGAAGAAGAAGAUGGAAGGAGACCUGAAUGAAAUGGAGAUCCAGCUGAGCCACGCCAACCGGCAAGCAUCCGAGGCUCAGAAACAACUGAGGAACAUACAAGUUCAGGUCAAGGAGCUCCAGAUUCACCUUGACGAUGCCCUGAGGAGCAACAACGACUUGAAAGAGGAGGUUGCCGUGUCUGAGCGCAGAAACAGCCUCAUGCAGGCUGAGAUGGAGGAGAUCCGCGCAGCUUUGGAACAAACUGAGAGGAGUCGGAAGCUCGCAGAGCAAGAGCUGCUGGAUGCCAGUGAGAGAGUGCAGCUGCUUCACUCACAGAAUACCAGCCUGCUCAACAGCCGGAAGAAGCUGGAGGCUGACCUGUCUAUGAUUCAGGGCGAGAUGGACGACAGUGUCCAGGCAGCGAGGAACGCUGAAGAGAAAGCUAAAAAGGCCAUCACUGAUGCUGCCAUGAUGGCUGAGGAGUUGAAGAAAGAGCAGGACACCAGCGCCCACCUGGAGAGAAUGAAGAAGAACCUGGAGGCAACGGUGAAAGACCUGCAGCAGCGUCUCGAUGAGGCUGAGAAUUUGGCCAUGAAAGGUGGGAAGAAGCAACUCCAAAAGCUGGAAGCAAGGGUCCGAGAGCUUGAGAAUGAGCUUGAAGCAGAACAAAGACACGGGUCUGACUCUGUUAAAGGUGUUCGCAAACUUGAGCGCAGGAUCAAGGAACUAACAUAUCAGUCUGAGGAAGACAGGAAAAACAUGAUGAGGCUGCAGGAGCUGGUGGACAAACUCCAGCUGAAGGUUAAAGUGUACAAGCGCCAGGCUGAAGAGGCUGAAGAGCAAGCCAACAACCAUCUGACUAAACUGAGGAAGGUGCAGCACGAGUUGGAGGAGGCUGAAGAGCGGGCAGACAUUGCUGAGUCGCAGAUAAAUAAAAUGAAAGCAAAGAGUCGUGAUUUGGGCAAGCCAAAAGACAGCGGAGAGUAGUCAACAUGGGCUGCCAUGAAGACAACAGAUCCUUCUCUGUUUGAAACUGAGUUAGUUUGCAACAUACUCCUAACCAAAGGUGUUUUUUGUUUUUAGUUAAAGUCAUUUUGUGCAAAAUUUAAUCUGAUAAUGGAUUAUUUUAGACUUUAUGCUGAUUACAGUUGGAAUAAGUGCUUUACUCCAAUAUGCCAUCUAUUGCAGAGGUAUUUUUCUACCACCAGAGGGCACUAAAGCAGUGUACGUUCAUAUUUUACACAUCCUGACUUUAAAGGUGGAGCAGUUAUCUUCAGGAACUGCUUUCUGUGUGUGUCAUAGUUGUUGUAUGUUGCCUUAAAUGCAUUAAAAUAUACAUAUGAAAAU